CGCUUGGCCUGGCUUUUCCGCAACUUACAUCAGUCAUGGCGUCAGAGCCGAUUACAUGCGAGGAAGCGGAUCAUGAUGCCAGCAUCCGAUGUUUGCUGGAGGACAUGCACGAAAAGAUGCAGUUCCUGUGCGAGGAGAUCGCCAAGGGACGGGCACCUCCGGAGGCGGAGGGCCCGGCGAAGAGCGUGCUGCGCAGCUGCUCCACGCUGCGCACGCUGAGCCCCUCCUCCGGGAACUCGGGGGAGUCCGCGCGUGAGACCCGGCGAGCGACGGCGUCCAGAGCGCUCUCCGGAGGCCUGGUGAGCGUUUUCGACUCCGAAGGCGGCGCUUCGCGCACCCGCGCGCAGUCGGAGCAGGAGGAGGAAUCUUUGGUGAGGCGCCUGGAGCGAUUGGAGCAGCGCUCCGCGCAGCUGGACCAGCUGCGCCUGGAGUUGCGUGAACAGUUGCUGUCGGAGCUUCGGCCAGAGCUAGAGGCGGAGUGGCGCAGAGGUCUGCAGCAAGUGGAGCAUUUGGAGCAGCGGCUCACGGAGACUUUGCAGCUGAGCACCGCGAAGAUGGGUUCGAGCCACCGCUUUCACUGGGAGGACCAGGCAGUCUGUGACGAGCGCCUGGAGGCCACGCGCCUGGGCCUGGCGAAGCUGGACAGCGAGCAGCGUGCACAGGCGGAGCUGCUGGACUUUGUGCGGCAGCAGGUGUCGGAGAUGAUGCGGCCGCCGGCGAUGGAGAGGUGCAAAGUCACCCGGGGCAGAGGCAACUCUCCGGAGACCAAGGCAGUGGAGCCUGGUCAGCUGCGAAGUAUACUGGGGCCUGGCGCCAGGUCGCGGAAGGAGGCUUCAUCCCCUGGUGACGAAUGGCCGCAGCUCUCCGGCGCGGCGGGAUUGGAGGCUGAGCCUGAGGUCUCGGAAUUGAUCGCGUGCGCCUGAGCGAAAUGCUUGGAAUGCGCUCUCGCAGCGCAGUUCUUCCGGCGGAAUCCAAGGCUAAGCACUUUGAGUGCUUGGGCCGUAGGCUAUAGUAGGUAGUGCCUAGCCUGGGGGCAGUGAAUCAAAGUGUGCCCAUGAUUUAGGGGGUACACUGCCCCCGGUUCAGAGUUCCACUGUCUGAAUUCGCCUCAGUGCAAGUUGUGCCACCUGAACGAGGCGUAGGUGUCGCAUGCCGCCUUAGCCUGUUGAGUUGGUAGAUUUCUUCA